AUGACUUUGUUCAAGUUCUACACGUUGUGUGUCCCUUUCAUAGAUAUUUUCAUAAGCAAUUCUGAGAUAGUGCAGAAACUGGGCCUAAACCCGAACGAAAUGACAUUGUACUCUGCUUUGACUCCCGCCCAGAGAGAUCUCAUUGCCGAUGAAAUUUCCAAGUCUCACGGAAUAAAGCUGUACUAUGGUGGGAUGGCAUACAACACAUGCAUGGAAAUUGCGCAGAGACAGAGCCAGGUGCAGGCGGUGUUUAUAGGUCCAUUUUCAACCGACAAAAUGACAAAGCAGGUUUUUGCGGGCGCUCUCGAAGGAAAAGUGCAGGGACUGACUAUUUUCCCCGAAUACAUCGAAAGCGAGGGAGGAAAAUGCUACGUGAUUCCCAAUGGAAAAAACAGAGCUAUGAUCACAAAAGUAAACUUGGAGCAGACAGUGUCCAGAUCCAUGGUGGACACAUUUAUGCAGUGCGUAAGCAAGUCAGAGAACAGGGCGCGCAGUAUACUGUACAUAUCGGCAUACACCGUUGAGUCGUCAACCGAAAGCAUAAUGUAUCUUAUGAAGGCGCGCCGCCAGUCCACGGGCGAGUACAUGACUGUCCUAAACCUGUCGGAUCCUGGAGUGAUCUCGCGCUCGCACGAUGCCGUGAAGGUGUUUCUGAACGAGUGCGACUGGGUCGUAGGAAACAUAGCAGAGUACACUGAGCUGUUCGUGAAGGAGAGGGGGCGCUCUCCCCAAAGCCGAGCAGAGCUGCACAGCCACAUAGAAAACGCCUGCCAGAAUGCAGUUAUAACAUCAGGGUCCGAGGCUGUGGCUGUCCUGUACAAGGAGGCAGGAGAGCGGAAAACACUGGAAAUGGAGCCCGAUCAAAUCGAUGUAAUCAACACUACGGGAGCAGGAGAUGUCUUUGCAGCAAACUUCUUCACAAGCAUGCUGGAAGACCCAGAAGACAUGCGCGGCGCCUUAGGCACAGCCAUAAAAAGAACAAACGAAUACCUGACAAGGUCGGCUGAGAGAGGACUUAAAUAA